AUGUCCCAACCAAAACCGAGUGGGCAAAGGAUGAAUGGCGGAGAGGAUGAAAUUCAAUCGAUCAUCGAUCACCCUUCUCUAGAACCAUCGCCACAAUCACUUAAAACGCUAUUCCACAGGAUUUCUUCUCAAAACCCAUCGUUCCGAGCCAAGGCCUUCAGUGCAUUAGCGAUAACCUUACAAUACCAUCAAACCAAGACUUUGGUAUUGUUUAAAGUACCACUCGAGUCUCUCCUACAGUCGACAAUCAUCCAAGAAGUCUGUGAUGGUUUGGCUGGGCUUUCUGCCCUCUUCAUGCUCUCGCCCCAAGACGCACUGGGGAUGAUUCGGUCGGAUGGUUUUCUUUCGCGACUUGCAGAAUCCGUCGUUGAUCUGCUUGCUCUGGGCCCCUCAAAAAAUAAAUCCAACGCCGAUCUGAACCACUCCUUCUCCGAAUUUAUCGCGCUCAGUCUUAAUCAUAAACCAGUCAGAGAGAUCAUCAAGUCAGACUGGCCGGGCUGUCUCGACUGGCUGACGAGGAUCUCAUUAGCUACGUCGGUCACCGUCUCCAUUCCGGCUCGUUGUGCCGCAAGCUUAGCGUUGAUCAAAUUACGUUUGACGAGCGACUUGCAAGACAAAAACAUCGAGCUACCCUCGCUGACCCAUCUGACCCGGAUCAUGCUCAAUGCCAUAUUCGACAAAACCUGUCCGCCAAAUGCGCCGAUCGAGGGCUUAGCCCUCCUCAGUCAACACGGGACCGUUCGGGUGAUUCUGAUGAAAGAAUCAGAAAAGUUUUUAAAAGCUACCAAAGCCCUCUCGGCCAGCAAGGAAACUUCAGAGACGGAUGGAAUGCCCAAAUCUGAUACGUCGAUCGCCUACGGAGUCGCGACCAUCAUAGCCCAUCUUUCCGCCUACAAGGUCAUCAAGACCGAUGAAGAUCGAGCAGCAGAUCAACUCAAGAAGCUUGCUCAACGAAGUGGACAACCCGUCUCAAACGAUAAGCUCUCUGGUAUUUCGGAUGAUGACCAAGAUACAGAGAUCCCCGAUGAGCAAGUUUUUGAAUGGAUCCAACUGUCACUGAAACGGAACAACGAUUUAAUGGAUACUGUCGGCUGGCUUUCUAAGAGUGAGAGUAAAGAAGUUAAACGGACCACUGGGAAAGUCCUUCUGAACCUAGUCGAGCGUCAAGCCUGCAGAGGACUCGUCUUACAAUCUGGGGGUGGAAGGAUGUUGAUGAAAAUCAUCGCAACUCUGACGGUCUCGAGUAACAGCAUUAAACAACCACUUCCGCCAUUUUCCUCCGAGUCUGAGGUAUCUGGUUCCGGUCAACCCACGCUCGACCCAUCUGAUCUUCACAUCAUUCAAGCUUUGGCAAAGAUUCUCAUCACGACGAACCCAUUAUUAAUUUUCGGGCCUUCGCCGGACUCUCCGAUCUUGCUUUCGACCAUCAAACCACUAACGACUCUGUUCGUCCACUCGUCCUCGACACUCCUCCAGACGUUCGAGGCGUUGAUGGCCUUGACGAAUCUCAGCAGUCUUGGAGGGCGGAUUCCGGACGAGGUGGCCGGGUCGACACGAGUGCUGAGCCGCUUAGAAGAAUGCAUGAUCGGGGUUCGGACGGGCGAGAAUCACAUGGUCCGGCGCGCGGCAACCGAGCUCAUCUGCAACCUUUCGACCACUCAACUCGUCCUUAACAGUUUCGCGCCCCAAUCGAGCGAGCCAGAGGGCAGCAGAGGAUCAUCGCAUAUCUCAAGACUACAUAUCCUAAUCGCCUUGUGUUCGAGUGAAGAUCUCCAGACCGCUCUUGCAGCUGGAGGCGCAUUGGCCAUCCUCACCGAACAUUCAAAAGACAUCUGCGAAGCCAUCCUAACCGAAGAAAAACUAAACACAAGUCUCGUAAGGAUCUUUCGGGAAACAAUCGAAGAAGAAGAAGAAGGAGAGGAGGAGGAGGGGAAAGUGGACGGGGAAAACCAGGGAGAAGGCAGGAUUGGGGUUCAGUUUCGCUUAGUCAGCUUGCUUGGUAACUUGUCGACAAGCCGCGAAGCCAACCCCAAGUUUUUCAACCCUUCCUUGGUCGCCUCUCUCAACUCCUUGAUCAACAAGUUAUCUGGUCAUGGUAAGGAUAAAAGUCAAUCCGAGGACCUGAUCCAAUUAACUAAACUCGUACUCCAAGCAAUUGAAACUUGA